UCUUCAUUAUCAUCAUCAACAUCAACAACAUCGACGACAACAACAACAACAUUACCAUCAUAUCAAAUAUCAUCAACAAAUGUUGUUGGCCAUUGUAAUCCACUACAACAACAACAACAGCCACAGAUUCUAAUUACAACAACCAGUGAAAUUGAUAAAUUUAAUCCACAAGUGUCAUCCACAUCGAACAAUUCACAUCAUCAUCAUCAUUUGCCAAUUCGUGCUAUAAUGAUGAUGGCACCUGUAACAGCAACAACAGCAGCUUUAAACAAUGAUUCAUCGCAGCAACAACAACAACAACAACAGAAUCAGCCUGAUCAUCAACAGCAAUUGAAUUUUUCAAUUGUACAACAACAACAACAACAACAAUCGAUUGUUGAUGAUGAUCCAGAUCAAUUUAUUGAUCAUGAUGCUGAAUUAUCAACGCUUGAAGGUGCUGCAUUUCAAUCAAGAUUAUGGGCUGAUAAAAUGUCAACAGAUGAAAUGAAAUCAUUUCAAGAUGUUGUUGAUAAUACAAGUUUAAUACCGAUUUUCUUACAUAUUCGUAAUAGUAUUUUAAAAUUUUGGCUUAUUAAUCCAAAGCAACAAUUAUUAUUGGAAAAUGUUUAUCAACGUUUGGAACAGCCAUUUAAUUCGGAUCUGAAUUUUAUAUCUCGGAUUUUUUAUUUUCUUGAACGUUAUGGUUAUAUAAAUUUUGGUGUUUUCCAAAUAACCAAACCAAUGAUAAUGAUGAAACCGAAAAAAAUCGGUAUAAUUGGUGCCGGUAUUGCCGGUUUGAUUGCCGCUCGUCAAUUAAAAUAUUUUGGUUUUGAUGUUUUGGUAUUUGAAGCAAGAAAUCGUCUUGGUGGUCGUAUAUGGACAUAUGAUCAAAAAGCAGAUGUAGGUGCAUUUGUUAUUACUGGUUUAUUGGGUAAUCCGAUUCGUGUACUGGCCAAACAAAUCAAUUUAGAAAUGCGUCCAAUCAAUCAAAAAUGUCCAUUAUAUUUGAAAAAUUCAAUUGUUGAUAAAUCAAAAGAUGAAGUAUUGGAAAAUGUAUUCAAUACAAUACUGGAAAGUACAUCGGAUAUGGUUAAGGAAAAAAAUUUGACCACUGAUACUGAUCAUGAACAACAUCAACCAUUAUCAUUAGGUGAUGGUUUAGCCAUCAUUAUUGAACUACAUGAACGUCAAGUUCGUCAAGAAUAUCUAAAACAUUUAAAUGAUAUAUAUUUUUGCCAAGAUAUUUUAUCGAAAAGUUUAGAUACAUUAAAAGAAUUAGAAAUAACUAUUGAAGAAUUAUAUGAUAAACAUCGUGAAUCAUUACAAAUGAAAAUCGCUAGGAAUCCAAAACAAGAAUAUUCAUUUCGUGUUAAUCGUUAUGAUUUAAAUCGUUCAAUUGAAUUAUAUCAGGUAACUAGGCAAAAAUGUGAACAUUUAGAAAAACGUUUAAAAGAUUUGGAAACGAAAACCCGAUCAAUACCGAUUGAAUAUUUAUCCGCUGUUGAUCGUAGAAUACUUGAUUGGCAUUUUGCAAAUUUAGAAUUUGCAACCGGUACAUCAUUGAAUAACCUUUCGUUACAACAUUGGGAUAUGGAUGAUGAUUAUGCAUUUGCUGGGCCACAAAUGUAUGCAAAAAAUGGACAAAAUCAAAUAGCACAAUCAUUGGCUAAUGGUGGUGUGGAUUUUGAAAUCAAACUAAAUCAAAUGGUACAAACAAUACAAUUAACGGUGAAUGGUGUUGAAAUUCAAACGUUGCAAAAUAUUGAAAAAUUGGAUAAAAAAUCAUCAUUAUCACAACCACAACAAUCAACCACGAGCUAUAUGGUCGAUGCUGUUCUUUGUACAUUACCAUUAGGUGUAUUGAAAAAUUCCAUAAAUGAAGCGACAAAUUCCCUGAAUUCAAUCAAAUUCAUACCACCAUUACCUGAUUAUAAAUGUCAGGCAAUUAAUCGUUUAGGUUUUGGUAACCUAAAUAAAGUUGUAUUGAUAUUCGAGAAAAUAUUCUGGGAUCUACAAACACAUCUUUUUGGUAAUGUUUCGUCAAUGACAAAAAAUCGUGGUGAAUUAUUUCUGUUCACAUCGGUUCAACGUAAACAACCUGUUUUAGUUGCAUUUAUUGCCGGUGAUGCAGCCGAUAAUCUUGAACAAAUGUCCGAUGAACAAAUCAAAUCAAAAUGUUUAUCCAUUUUAACCGAAAUGUUUGGCCAAUUACCAUUAUUGAAAAAUUAUUUUGUUACACGUUGGAAAUCUGAUCCAUGGUCACAAGGUUCAUAUUCAUAUGUAGCACGUGGUGCAACUGGUGAUGAUUUUGAUUAUCUUGCUGAACCGGUAUUUUAUCCAAGUAAUCUGAAUAAUUUAGCCACCGCCACCGCAUCGGAUAAUCAACAAUUAAUACCAAGAUUAUUUUUUGCUGGUGAACAUACAAUACGUAAUUAUCCAUCAACAGUACAUGGUGCAUUAUUAUCCGGUUUACGUGAAUCGGCUAAAAUUGCUAAUCAAUUUCUUGGUAUUCCUUAUUUGAAAAAAUGAAA